AUGACUGCACACCAAAGUGAGUUGAUUCAAGCUGGCUUGAAUAAUUUUCUUAUGAUUGGGGAUGUUUAUCGUAGAGAUGAAAUUGACAGAACACAUUACCCAGUGUUUCACCAAGUAGAUGUAGUGAGAUUGAAAACAAGGGAAGAAAUAUUCAUCAAUAAUGAAAACUUGCACAUUUUUGAAGAAGGAAACAACACAUCCUUCACAGGUGAUCAAGAAAAACAGAGUCAUCAUACUUUGGAGGCAGUCAAGUUGAUGGAAUAUGAAUUGAAGGGUACUCUGGUUGAACUUGCAAAGUGUUUGUUUGGGGAAGAUGUCAAAUAUCAAUGGGUAGAUGCAUACUUUCCUUUCACUCUACCCUCUUGGGAACUAGAAAUUUUUCAUGAUAAUGAUUGGAUGGAAUUGUUGGGGUGUGGUAUAAUGCACCAAAAAAUAUUGAGCAAUGUUGGAGUGACUGAUAAAAUUGGUUGGGCUUUUGGAUUGGGAUUAGAAAGGAUAGCAAUGUGUCUAUAUAAAAUUCCAGAUAUUCGUCUCUUUUGGUCCAAAGAUUCUGGGUUUUUGAACCAAUUCAAUACUGAGGAUGUUAACAAGAAUAUCAUCUAUGUUCCAAUUAGUCAGUAUCCUCAAUGUGUCAAUGAUAUCAGUUUUUGGCUUCCCAAUUCACAGUUUUCCUGUAAUGAUUUCUAUGAUCUGGCAAGGAGUCUUGGUGGUGAUCUGAUUGAACAAGUUCAAUUGAUAGACACUUUUACACAUCCCACAACUCAGAAAGUGAGCCACUGUUAUAGAAUUACUUAUAGGCAUAUGGAGAGAACCCUGACUCAAGCUGAAGUGAAUGUUAUUAAUAAAAGUAUUGAAACUGUUAUUACUGAACUUGGAGGGAAGAUUAGAUAG